GGACCGAUCACACCUAGAAAAAUAAGAGAAAGGAGCCACCCACUUCCUAACCAAAAAAUCAAAACAUGGAAUCUCUUCUUGUUGGGUGGAAAGAAGAGCUUUCCUUGUAGGAAACCUUCAUCUCACACAAGAAGAAGAUUCCUUUUCCUUCCAAAACACAAGAAAUUCUCAUCAAGCAAAAGCAAACCCAAAUCACAUACCUCCUUCCUUCAAAGAUGGUCCAAAGAAAAGCUGUGAGCAAGCUUGGUAUCCAACCUGAAUCAAAGAACCAUGUUAAAUCCAAUAAGCGAUUGUCGACGGCCCGGAAACCGUCGUUUUCAAACCAAGAUAUCCAUAACAAGGGAGGAGGUGAUCUUACAAAGAAAAUGAAGAAGGCGAGAUCAUUCAAGGUCUCGAAUUUGGACAGCUUCGGAUGCCCGGUGCGACAAGAAGGCUCGCGGCUCAACAAGCCUACUGUCGACCCAUCGUCUCCACAGAAGAAGCCGUCGCUGGUCAAGGUAUCGAGUGGACCGCCAAACUACAUGAAGCCCACAAGCAGUUCGGAUGCAAGGAAGGAGAGCCUGCAGGUAAGUCCAUGUUCUCAGACUCCUGAUAGGAAUAGAAGUCCAAAGAAUUCAAGUAGUUUGAAGGCUUCUUCUGCUGGUGCUCUAAAGAAACCCAUGAAGGUUUUGAAAAAGACUUCGAGUUUGAAACCGGUUAGGCCUUCGAUGAAGAAGAGCUCUGGGUCUGGGGUGGCUUUGUAUCCGAAGAUGAAUGUCAGUCGAGCGACGUGUUCUUCCACUUUGAAGGAUUCAAAGAUGCCGGCAUCGGUGAUUCUUAAUCCGGGUGGAACGGAAUUGGAAGGAACCUCUGUCAUGAGGGUCUGCCCAUAUACUUACUGCUCUUUGAAUGGUCACCACCAUGCGCCUAUGCCGCCGCUGAAACGGUUCUUGUCUGCGAGGCGACGGUUGCUUAAGGCCCAAAAGAGCAUGAAAUUGAAAGUGCUCUCAUCGCCUAGAAAAAGAUGUUCUGGAGAGCAGAAGCAGGAAAUUGAUACUGGGCAGAUGGGUUUUUGUGAUGAUCCUAUGGUUUUAGAAGCCGACUCAGAUGGGUCAGAAAUCUUUCCUGUGAUUGAAGACGUGGGGGAUGAUUUUUUCGUCAAGAUCUAUGCAAAAUCAAGGGAAGAGAUGGGUGAGGUUGAAUCACUGAAUGGCAUCGUUGUCCAUGAUCCAGAGUAUGGAUCAAAAUUUAGCUUCGAUGUAAAUCUCGGAGACUUUGAAGAAAUAUCAGUACUCAGAGAUGAUCAGAUGCUACAAGGGUCCGGCAAAGGGACUGAGAUCGAAGCUGAAGAAGAUGGUGAAGGAGCUGCUGAGGGCCAGAUAGAUGAAACAUGCUCUGAAAUAAGCUCAGAGGACAAUCCAGACAAUGAAAUGGACUCUUCAAUUGCUCUUCUUCAAUAUGCUGAAGAUGAUCUGCAGGAUUGGGCAAAUCUGCCCUGCUUGAUACAAGAAGAUAAAUUGGAGGUGGGUUUUGAAUGUUGUGUUGAAGGCGACAAAGGCAAAGAGUGUGAAUGUGAAAUCAUUGCAGAAAGCGACAUUGAUGAAUCUGUUUCAGAAGCCAUUGAUAUGGAUUGGGAGGAAGAAGUAACCCCAUAUCCUGAUAACAGAACUGAUUUUUCAGUGUUUUCCGAUGCUGGUUCCGAUCUGAUUACUGCCUCUGGGGUAGGAGAUGAGCUCGACUUCGAGCAAGAUGAUUCCGUCAACACAUGCGAGGAAGCUCCUUCAGAUGUGGAAAUACUACAAUUAGCAGACGGGGAGUUUGGUGUAUCUGGCACUGCAGGAAUUGAAGCAUCUGAUGCAUCCAGUGGUUUGAUUCAGAACCAACUCAUUGCAGUUCUGUAUCUGGAUCAUAAACAGAUUGAACCAGAAUCUCCAGGCCAGAAUGAUCAGAUCAGCACAGAGGAAACAGAAGAGAGCAGGCCGUGCGACAUCAUCUGCAGCUCAUGCUUUUCAGGCUCUAUCAGCGAUGCACUUGAGGAACCAACAGAAGUCAGUGCAGAGACGAGUGGAAGCGAUGGAACAGAUGAACAUGGUCUCCCGAGGGACGAUGAUGAAGGUAAUAUCGAAGAACCCAUUUGCAGCACUGAUGUAGCAAAUGAAACAAUGGUAGGCAAACAAGACGAUGGAUCUCUUGAAACUGAUCCCAACAAAGAUCUUGAUGUAGCUGGAGAGGACGAGAGCUCCGGCCAGCUGCAUCCAGAUUUCGAUGCAGAAGCAUCGGGAUCUAUUGGCACAGGAGCUGAUCUAGAAGUAGCUACAAGCAAUCCUCACCUAGGCCAGGUGCUCCCAAGUGACAAAAUUGAAGAUGCAAGCCCAGACGAGGUGCUCCCAAGUGCUGAAAUUGAAGAUGCAAGCCCGGACCAGGUGCUCCCAAGUGCUGAAAUUGAAGAUGCAAGCCCAGACGAGGUGCUCCCAAGUGCUGAAAUUGAAGAUGCAAGCCCGGACCAGGUGCUCCCAAGUGCUGAAAUUGAAGAUGCAAGCCCAGACGAGGUGCUCCCAAGUGCUGACAUUGAAGAUGCAUUGGGAAGAACAGAAGAAGUUGAAGAUACUUGCAGCCUGCUGAAAAUGCAAGAUCCCUCCGAAGCCGAUCUGGAUAUUGAUACUGAUCAGAGUCCAGGCCAAACAAAUAUAGAGAUGGAAGUUUGCCAAUGUGAUGAAGAAAACCAAGAGAAAGAAUGCAGUCAAGAAGCAUCUGUUGAUCAAAGCAUUCCUCCUGCAGCACAUAGCUCAUCUGGUGAUCAAUCAAAUGAGGAAUUCUCCAAAAGUGAUCCGGCUGAGCUUAGUGGCAGUCACAUCUCUAGUUCGAUCCUGUUUCAUGAAGAGGAAUCUGGUUCUGCUGAAGAUUGUAACAGUGGGGAUGAUAAAAUACAAAUAGAAGAUAAUACGAAGUCCGAUGAAGCAGAAACAAUCCUUGCAGCAGAGAAAGAUGAAACCAUCAUGGAUUUAGCAACUGACUCCAACCAACCUCUUCCUACAACCUGUAUUAAUUCGAAAGGUAAAACCAACAUUGCACGCAAGCGGACCACAGAGGAAUCAGAGCAGAUGAGGAUGUUCAAUCCACGGGCUCCACGAUUUCUUGAACCAGAACCAGACCCAGAAGCUGAAAAGGUUGAUCUCAGGCACCAGAUGAUGGACGAAAGAAAGAAUUCAAAGGAGUGGAUGAUAGACUAUGCACUCCAACAAGCUGUCACCAAACUGGCUCCUGCUCGAAAGAGGAGAGUGGCGCUGCUCGUUGAAGCUUUCGAAACAGUCACACCGCUGCCCAAAUUCGAGACGCAUCUGAGACAUUCCGCAGCAAGUUUCACUCACGCAAGACCCAUUCAAGCUUGCAGCUGAUGGCCAUCAAAGGUGAUGGACUGCAGAAAGCAGCUGUAAUAGAUUGAAGGUGUACUAAAAUAAGUGAUUCCUGGUUCAGUGAUGUCAGCCCAAGAGAGCCUUUUUAGGAGUAGAAUCUGUUGUGUAGAGCAACUAAGCUGCUGUUCAUCUUGCAGGAGUGCUGGAGGCGGCAUCAGCUCGAUGCAAGAUACUGUCAGAUGCUAGUACUGAAUUGAACAUAUGGUUUUGUAAUUUAUGUUUAGUGUCCAAGCUUACUUAGCAGUGGCAGUGUUUCCCAAACACUGCUCGACUCUUAAAAUAAGUAGGGUGUGUUAUUAGAGGUUGUGUAGUGAAAAUAAAAGUGUGGUGUUUGGUUUCUUCAAUGGGGGUGGAAUGCUCUGCUGUUUCACCUUCAGACAAUGCUAAGUUAUAAUGAUAUAUUUGUUUGGUUUUUUCA